UUUAUUUCUUCAUAUAUAAAGUAUGGGGUAUAGUACACCUUCCCAUAAACAAAUAUGUGUUCCGGAAACACUUUUAAAAAAGAGAAAGACGAUAGAAAAGACAGAUGCACAAAAGGCACAAGACGCAUCACAGGCGGCAAAAGAAAAACGAGACAUUCGUAAGAUCAUCUUUAAGAAAGCGGAUACCUAUAUAAAGGAAUAUAGGCAACGAGAGAAUGAUGAUAUUCGAUUACGCCGACAAGCAAAGAACAAGGGUCAUUUUUAUAUACCAGCUCAACCUAAACUUUUAUUUGUUAUCCGUAUCAGUGGUGUGAAUGACUUGAACCCUAAAGUGAAAAAGGUAUUACAGCUAUUUCGAUUGUUACAGACGAAUAAUGGUGUCUUUGUUCGUGUCAAUAAAGCUACAAUGGAGAUGUUGCAGAUAGUUGAACCGUAUGUUACUUAUGGUUCACCCAACUUGAAGACAGUACGUGAAUUAAUAUAUAAAAGAGGAUAUGCAAAAGUAAAAGGCCAAAGAUUAGCCAUUUCGGAUAAUCAGAUCAUUAGUGAUAAUUUGAAACAGUUUGGUAUCAUCUGCAUUGAGGACGUUAUUCAUGAAAUAUUUACAGUGGGUGAACAUUUCAAACAAGUAAAUAACUUUCUUUGGCCUUUUAAACUGAGUAAUCCUAAUGGGCAUAAAAAGGUCAGUUGGAAGCCAAGAAAAUCUAAACAUUAUGUUGAAGGUGGUGAUGCUGGUGAUCGUGAAUUUGAUAUUAAUAAAUUAAUUCAAUCCAUGAAUUGAUGUGGAUACCCCUCCUUUUCUUUUUUUUUUUU